AUGAGAGGAUACUUACUUGGAACACUUCUACUUUUUAAAUAUUGCAUUUGCGGUGUAAUGGUGAACUUUGAUUCAGACAUCAAGGAUUUUGCAGUUGGUAACAGUAAGUUAUUUGUUCUUACAAACCAUCGACUACAUCAGAUGAGCCACAAUCUUUAUGAAGAAAACAGGAAAGACAUCACUAAAGCCUCUGAACACAACAGAGUCAACAUUCUAGUGCCUUUUGACGCCAACAGCACAUUGAUAACGUGUGGGACAUUUAACAAUAGAUAUUGUGAGGUUCUUGAUAUAAAUGAUAUCACGAAAAGUAUUUACUAUGAAAGUAAUCUACUGAUAGGACCUCGACAGGAUGAGAAAUCUGUUGCCUUCAUAGCUGGUACAAGUAGCAGUAGGUACCUUUUGGUUGGGAAAAAAGAAAACGAUGCAAAUCCUCAAGAUACCAGGUAUUCUGUUGUUAUCUUGUGGAACACUUUAGACUCUCAAUUUGGUGGGAUUUUCUCAAGAAUAGCUGAAGGAUCAGAUGCCAUGAUUCAGAGCACUGUGAGAGAUGUGGAGUUUGUUGAUGGAUUCCAGAGAGUUUCACCCUCAGAAUCUUACUUAUUUCUCAACACAAAGACUGACUCCGAGAGGAAAGUGGUCGUCCUGUGGAUGAACAGCUCUAAAGGAAGAAAGACAGAAAUCAUCAAAUCCCUACAAGCUUCAAGGAUACGAUGCUGCAGUGAUAAAGCUCGUCCAGUGCUCGUCGCCAGCACCGUUAUUCCCUCAGUGAACAGAGUUAUUUGGGCAGGUGUGUUCAGUGCACAGAAUCAGCAGGAUCCGGAGAACAGCGCGCUGGCUCUGUACGACAUCAGUCAUGUUAAAGGACGAGUGAAGGGCUUCUGUGUUAUUGGUGAAAAGCCAUGCGGCUCUGAGAGUGAUACUGAACUUCAGCCGCUCUCUGUGCUGUUCAAGUACAGCUCAAUGUCAGCAGUGGCAGCAGUUAGAAGUGGAUCCUGGAUUGUGCUGUUCAUAGGAACCAGUGAUGGUCAACUCAUAAAGCUUGUGUUGGAUGAGAAAUUCAGUCCAGGCUGUCCAACAGUGCUGUUCAAAUCUGAUGAUGAGCGAGCAGUGUUUCCCAGAAUGCACUUUGAUCCAGUAGAUUUCAAAUAUAUCUACAUUGCUCUGAAGAAACAGUUAAGAAGAGUGUCUGUGGUUUCAUGUGCUAAAUACAUCACUCUGAAAGACUGCAGAGCUGCUCCGGAUCCUCUCUGUGGCUGGUGUGUGAACACACACAGAUGUUCUCCUCGAGAUGAAUGUUCAAAUACUUCAUGGGUGUCCAUCCCAAAAAACUCUCUCCAGACACGGCUCUUUUCUUUUCAGAUAGCAGAGCAUUCUUCUAGAAAGAUUACUCUACAUCUUUCCUUGAGUCUGGAGAGCACAGGAAAUCCUGCCUUCUCAUGUACCUUCAACACAGGAACCAUGAACCUUUGUGACGGGUCUGAUCCACCUGCAGUUUUCCCAAACUGCUCCUGUAGUUUUUCUGACCAGAUUCUAUACACUGGAGGUUUAAGGGUCUCUGCUACAGUUACUAUUGAGGAUCAGACGAUCACAGAUACACUGACGCUGAGGAACUGCUCUGGUAUCAAAGAUAAUUCACCAAAUUCUUCUCACACAAAGUGAGAAAAUUAAAUGCAGUGAGAAAAAUAUCACAG